CUCUUUUCUCUUCGGAUCUUUAGAAACCAAGAAAAGCUCGACCAAUCUCCCCUGAAGACUAGAAGACAUCCAGACUGCUGUAGUCUAUAUAACCUUGACACAAUGGGGGAGUCACUUUGGAUUUCCCAUGGUGCGACUGAAGCGGCGUUCAGAGGAAGGAGCUUUAUCGCAGUUCUACCUCUGGCUUUGUUGUUGCCAACAGUAAGAGUCAGUACCCAGUCGAUAGGAAGCCCUCUGGACUGUCACAAGACUUGUGUGUGUGCCAGCAACAUUGUCAGCUGUUCCAAGAUAAAUCUAACCAACGUUCCCAUCACUCUUCCACAAUAUACAGCUGUUCUGGACCUCAGCUUCAACACCAUCACCAAGCUACGUGCUGAGUGGACCCCUGUCACACUCGACAGACUACACAGCCUGCUUCUCAGCCACAAUGGCCUCACCUUCCUCUCCUCUGAGGCCUUUGUGAAUGUGAAAAAGCUUCAAUACCUGGACCUUUCUUCUAAUGGAAUCCGCCAGCUGGACGAGUACAUUUUUGAGCCUCUUGAGCACCUGGAGGUGUUGCUGCUUUACAGCAACCGCAUCUCUCAGAUAGAUCGCACUGCCUUCUCUGGUCUCCUCAGCCUGCAGAAGCUCUACCUGAGCCACAACCAGAUCUCACGCUUCCCCUUGGAGCUGGUGAAGGAGCGGAGCCGCCUGGAAACUCUUAGACUGCUGGAUGUGUCCUCUAAUCGAAUCAAAGCCCUGUCCCUCAAUGAACUUAUGGCUCUGCCCGCCUGGAUCAAGAAUGGCCUGUACUUUCAUAACAACCCUCUGCCCUGCAGCUGCGAGUUGCAUAAAGUGGUAGCACGCUGGUACCUCAAGGAGCUCAGCUCUGCCACAGACUUCAGGGGAAGCCACACUUGUCUGUUACCCGGUCAGCAGAAAGAGAAAAUUGCCAUAAUGGAUCUGAACAAGGUGUAUUUGAACUGCACUGAGGUCAUCAGUAUGGACAAAAUAGCUUACUUGGAGCAGUCCCUAGUCCUGGACUGUGACACCAGGGAGAGGAACAUGAUGAAGAGCUGGGUGCUACCUGGAAACACCCCAGUGUCUCCAGCAUGUAAGACUGCUGUGAUGCGUCCUGAUGAUGGCAGUCUCCAGAUUGGGCCUCUGAAAGCAGAGGACUCUGGGGUGUACACCUGCUAUGCCACCAGUGAAUCCUUCAAUGAGACAGUUUAUGUAACUGUAAUGGUGUUUAAUUCCACUGAGAUUGGGGGGCUGGAGAACCUAAAAACAGCCUACACCACCCUCAUAGGAUGUCUGGUCAGUUUAGUUAUGGUUCUCAUCUACCUCUAUCUCACACCCUGCCGCUACGCUUGUUGUCCAGGUCAGGGUCUUGAGAAAAGCGACCCCAGAGACAGCCUCCACUCUUCAACUGUUAGCAUCUCUCACGCACAUGUGGAGAAGGGGCAAGACAGAGUGGUAGGCGGAGGCUUCGCCAACAAACACGGCGCCUUUCUGCAGCCCAAGGACCAGCUGGAGCAGAAUGGGAGGUUGAACCCAAUAGGCGAGGAAGAGGAGGAGUGGCAGAGGGACACCAGGGAGAGAAGGAGGUCUGACGCGGAGUCUGUCAGCUCUGUGUGCUCCGAUACCCCCAUGGUGGUGUAA